AUGUCUGCGGACCUGUUGGCUGAGUUCGGCCAGUGUUCUGGCACUGACCAGACCUCCGCACACCCGCCGCAGUCAGCGCGGCCGCAACCAAAUACAUUGGGGGGCGGCCUGGAUCAAUCUGACGAUAUAUUUUUCGGGACGACCUCAGACAGCCUACACAAUCUGUCCCAAAACUCCACGCUUGCAUCACUGCCGAGCCAGUAUGCACCGGUAACUCCACGCCAGGCCCCGAGUUUACAGGCAUUCGAUUUGCCUCGCCAAGAGGACAGUGAUGUGCUGUUCGAUGCCACUCUAGACACACCAGCUAGUGACGCCGAUGAUGACUGGGGCGAAUUUGAGGGCCCCGAGGCCACGGCACAACCAAGCCCAGGACCGCCACAGCCCACGGCCGUGAUAUCAAAAGCCGCCCAAGCUCCCUCCUCUCCUCGGGCUCACGAUGAACCACGAUUUGCGGGAACGGCUGCAUUACUAGGAUCUCUGUCCCUGGUGGAUCCAAUCACACACCCGAAUCAGCCUUUCCCCGUUGGUCCGAACAAGCCACAGGCUAGCAAUCCUCUCUCCCAGUCAGGAUGGGACGACGACUCAUUUGGAGAUUGGGUGCAAUUCGCGGAUGCUCAAUCCACCAAGCCUUCCUCCGAUCAUCUGCCAAAGGACAACCAACUCCCCGCACCGUCUUCGAAACCACUGCCAGCUGAUGAAAAUGACUCCUUUGGAGAAUGGGGCGGAUUCACCGAUGGGCCAUCCGCCAAUCCUACUACCACCACUAGGGCUAAGGUCCCUCUCAGACACAAUCCUCCACAACCAACAUGGGAAGAUGGCUUUGAUACUUGGGACGAUUUUACCGACGGACCAGCAUUAACUAGGCCCGCCCCGAUCUCCCCAUCGCCCCAAAGCUUUACUUCCAGCGCCCUGCCCUCCUCCACAGCCGUCCGACCCACGAACAUUCCCCCACCCUCCAUCCUUCUUGACCUCCUCCUCACUCGACUCCAAACCCUUGCCCAAGAAGCCCAGGCCGCCAAAACCCAGCCCGCUCCUUCCAAAGCCGCAGCAGCCGUCACCAUCAUUACAACCCUCACUGCUGCAGCGCACAUCAUCGCCGGUCGUAGCCAUCGCUGGAAACGUGACACGCUGCUUGCGAAGAGCAUGCGUAUUGGUCCAGCCGGUAAGGCCGGCGGCAUGAAGCUCAGCGCCGUGAACAAGCAUGAGGAUGUGAAGGAGGCACAGGACGCAGUGGAUGUACUUGGCGCAUGGCGUGAGCGGGCUGCGUUGUUCGCAGCUGUGGUACAGUCUGCGGGACGGAAACCAGUGCCUGUGGUUUUGGAACCGGGACAACUGAAGGUCGUCACGGCGCGAGCAGAAGCGGGGGCGCUGAAGGCGGGACAUGCAUGUGCGUUGUGUGCGCUGAAGCGAGAUGAGCGCGUAUUACGGCUGGAUGAAGAGGUGCAGGAUAGUUUUGGAGAGUGGUGGACAGAGCAUUGGGGGCAUACAGGGUGCCGGGUGUUUUGGGAAGAGAAUAAAGAGUCACUUGGGCAGCGGUGA